AUGACCUAGAGGCACCUGUGCUUGCAGGUAGUCGCUGCAGCCACGACAGUCACCAUGAAGAAGGCGGCUGGCGGAGACGAGCUCGCAGAACUCUUCAGUAUGAUCCCGUACCUUCUGCAGGCGGCCAACACCAGCGGCAACGCGUCGCUGCGGCUUCAGGACUUGUGGUGGGAUCUGGGGCUAGAGCUGCCUGAUGGCGCGGCGCCGGGGCAUCCCCCGGGCACCGGCGGGACAGAAAGUGCAGACACCGAGGCCCGGGUGCGGGUCCUCAUCAGCGUGGUGUACUGGGUGGUUUGCGCGUUGGGCCUGACCGGCAACCUGCUGGUGCUCUACCUGAUGAAGAGUAAGCAGGGAUGGCGCAAGUCCUCCAUCAACCUCUUCGUCACCAACCUGGCGCUGACAGACUUUCAAUUCGUACUCACCCUGCCCUUCUGGGCGGUGGAAAACGCUCUGGACUUCAAAUGGCCCUUCGGCAAGGCCAUGUGUAAGAUCGUAUCCAUAGUGACGUCCAUGAACAUGUACGCCAGCGUCUUCUUCCUCACCUCCAUGAGCGUGGCGCGCUACCACUCGGUGGCCUCGGCUCUUAAGAGCCACAGGACCCGAAGGCACGGCCGGUGCGACUGCUGCGGCAAAAGCCUGGGGGGCAGCUGCUGCUUCUCAGCCAAAGCACUGUGCGUAUUGAUCUGGGCCUCCGCCGCGCUGGCCUCGUUGCCCAAUGCCAUCUUCUCCACCACUAUCAAGGUGAUGGGCGAGGAGCUGUGCCUGGUGCGCUUCCCAGACAAGUUGCUGGGCGGCGACAGACAGUUCUGGCUGGGCCUCUACCACUUGCAGAAGGUGCUGCUAGGCUUCGUGCUGCCCUUGUGUAUCAUCAGCCUGUGCUAUCUGCUGCUGGUGCGCUUCAUCUCCGAUCGCCGAGUGGCAGGGACCGAAGGAGGAGCCUCGGCUGCCCGGGGCAGCCUGGCCGCAGCCAGCGCCAGGAGACGGUCCAAAGUCACCAAAUCAGUGACCAUCGUGGUCCUAUCAUUCUUCCUGUGUUGGCUGCCCAACCAGGCGCUCACCACCUGGAGCAUCCUCAUCAAGUUCAACGCGGUGCCCUUCAGCCAAGAGUAUUUCCUAUGCCAGGUAUACGCGUUCCCGGUGAGCGUGUGCCUGGCUCAUUCCAACAGCUGUCUCAACCCCAUCCUCUACUGCCUCGUGCGCCGCGAGUUCCGCAAAGCGCUCAAGAGUCUGCUGUGGCGCAUCGCGUCGCCCUCUCUCACCAGCAUGCGCCCUUUCACCGCCACCACCAAGCCAGAGCCCGAAGAUCAGGGGCUGCAGGCCCUGGCACCUCUCCACCCGACCGCGGAGCCAGACCUGGUCUACUACCCGCCUGGCGUGGUGGUCUACAGUGGGGGGCGCUACGAUCUGCUGCCCAGCAGCUCCGCCUACUGACUCAGCCCAGGGUGCGCAGUCACCGCAAAGUGGCCUUCCCCGGGUGGGGAAAGAGGAGAGCGGAUUAGGAGAUGCUGGGCGCCCGCCGGAUCGAGAGGUAGGAGGGACGAGGAUAGGGAGGGGCGCAAGGGAGCCGCCACUGAAGAGACGAGGGGGCUGUCUCCGGGGAGGGAAGGCUUCCAGACAGGGUGGAGAGAGGAAGCUGGCAAAGGGGCCCGGGUCAGCAUCGCAGAGCCAAGCCACCAGCCCGCGUCCCCCUUCUCUCCCCCCACACCACUUCCUCUCUUUAGGCUGUCAACACUGGGCAGGGUAGGGGCGCCCAGAAGCGGAGAAAGGACUCAGGAAUGUAAAAAAUUGGGGCGCGAGGAAGUGGGGCUCAGCCAAGUGGUGCGCAGGCAAUUGAGCGCAUUUAUUCCAGCGACUUUUAUGGAGCUCUUGAAAGGGUCCUAGCGGCGCGUCCAACUGGGGGAGCCUCCCACAAAAACCAUUCCUUCGCGCCUUGGCAGGCGAGCCCGCCGCAGCGCCUUCUGACUUGCGGCGUGGCUGCGCAGAGAGCCCGGUUUGGGAAUAAGAAACUUUUUCGGAGUUGGAAGAAAGUAGCGACGGUCUUGAUCCGCGUUCAAGAGAAAUGCACCGCGAGAGAGAGGCAUCUCCCGUGACGCCAUUGUAUCAUUUACCAUCGCGGACAGGGGGAGUGGGUACGCGGGAGCCGGGCCGCGACUCUGUGCUCAGCUGUCACCUGAGACAAAACACUUGCCAGCAAACGCCGCGAGCGAUUCGCUGGAGAGUGGCGUCCCUGAGGGAGGGAGCAGAUGCAUUGUGAUUAGAGGGACUGAACUGAGACCUUUUCAGGCUCUCGCCUCUGAAGGAAAAGGGGAGCUCACGUGCUCCCUUAGUAACCGAGCAGGAAGAGAGGGCGCCAGGUGCCGGAAGCCUGGACUUCCCAGUUCCCUGGGAAGCGGCGUGGGUACUGGAAAAGCUGUGUGCUCCUUUCUGCGCGCGGCAGGUGAGCUGUGCCCUGGAGCAACUUGAAAAGGUCUGAGUAGACACGCUACUGGGCGUGGGGACUUUUCUGUAGCCUCUCCUCCUUCACUCUUUGGAACUCCGGGUGCCCGUUUGAUAGAGGCUCUACCAGCCUGUAGAAGGGUCGGCUUCUAUAGGCUCAGGACAGAAAACUAAAAGAUGCUGUAGAAAU